GGAGUGGGCAGCAGUCAGUGACAGGAGUUGAAGCUUCCGAUGAUGCCAACAGCUACUGGCGCAUUCGUGGGAAGAGUGACGGCAGUUGCCAGCGUGGGACACCGGUGAAAUGUGGGCAAGCUAUACGACUUACUCAUGUUAACACAGGAAAAAAUUUACACACUCAUCACUUCCCAUCACCGCUCUCCAAUAACCAAGAAGUAAGUGCCUUUGGUGACGAUGGCGAAGGAGAUGACCUCGAUAUAUGGAUCGUGCAAUGCAGUGGGACUCACUGGGAGCGGGAGGACGCGGUGCGCUUCAAGCACGUGGGGACUGAGGUGUUCCUUUCCAUAACGGGGGAACAGUACGGGCACCCCAUUAGAGGCCAGCGGGAAGUUCACGGCAUGCCUACCGCUAAUCACCACAACUACUGGAAAGCCAUGGAGGGAGUCUUCAUCAAACCCAGUAUGGACCCUGCAAAACAUGAUGAGCUCUGAGCUGACGGAGGAUCCCAAAAGCUUCAGCUUACUCCAGUGUUGGGAGAUGCUUUCUAAGAUUUCUUUCUAAGUCCUGCUUUGCCUCGAUGACUGAAGGGCAUUAGUUCGUUCUGGGAAUGCAGCACUUCUGUGGGGAAUAGCAUCUGCCAGGUUCAGCCAUUGAAAUUUAUUUGGCAAAAUCCUUCUGAAUUUUCAAGCUUAGUUGGUGAAACUAGUUCAUACAUCUGUUAGUUUUUAUUGUCAUUUGUUUUGCUUGUUACUUUUUCUUGAAUUCGAAGGAAAUGGAAGAACUGAAGUAACACAUUUCUGUAGUCCCAAGUACAAUAAAACUUUGUAUUUUGUAAUCUUUUUCCAAUUAUAAUUAAAUAUUUGGAAACUGA